AUGCCCAGCACAGCCGGCAGCGCUGCUAGCGUCGGAGCUUUGAUCAACAGCGCCGGCAGCAGCGCCAGCGUCAUGGGCAUCGGUGCGGGCGGCGGCAGUGGCGUGGGCACAGGUGUGGCUGCUGCUGCCGCUGCCGAGGUGGGAGCCGGUGCUGCAGCCGCCGCCUCAGCGGGCACCCUGAUAGCGCAGAGCACGGCGGGUACGAGCGCCGCCAGCGGCACGAUCACGUGGGACAACAACGGCACCCUGCGCUCCAUUAAUCCCGGUGACUGGUCCAUCGAGCAGUGCCUCAACUGGCAGCAGCCGCACCACCUCUACUUUCAGCUCGGCUGGGCCUUCCUCUUUCUGGCCUUCCUGGCCCCUCACGGCCCCUUCGGCUCGCUGUGGAUGCGGGCGAUGCUGCUGAUCGGCUGCAUCAUGAUGGGGAUGUACGGCUAUCUGGUGGAGUGCACCCCGGAUGUGGUCCUCUGGUCAGGCCUUGGCAUCGGCGUCAAUUUCAUCUAUCUCAUUGUGGUGCUCUGUCGACUGCGACCCGUGCGCUUUGAGCAGGAGAUUGAGGCGGUAUACAUGGCCCUGUUCCAGCCGCUGCAUGUGACGCGACAUCAGUUCAAAAAGGUGCUUAACUGCAUGAAGGUGAUACGUGCCCUGAAGUACCAGGAGGUCUAUGCCCAGGAGAAGGUCACCAAGGUCGAUAGCCUGUCGCUGGUGCUGAGUGGCAAGUUGGUCGUGUCGCAGCAUCAGAGGGCAUUGCAUAUUGUGUUUCCCCAUCAGUUCCUAGACUCGCCGGAAUGGUUUGGCGUAUCGACAGAUGAUUACUUUCAGGUCUCCAUUAUGGCCAUGGAGGAGUCCCGUGUGCUCAUCUGGCAUCGCGACAAGCUCAAAUUGUCAAUUAUGGCCGAGCCCUUCUUGCAGACCGUCUUUGAUCAUAUAUUGGGUCGGGAUGUUGUGAAGAAACUCAUGCAGGUCACACAGGUGAGCGAAUCGAUAGCCAGCAAUGGCUUCCUGCCAUCUGGGGGUUAUGCGGAGGAUGCCGAGGAUAAGCCGAUGCUCAUACUGAAGAAGAGCGUGGAUGUGGGCCAUGGACUGACGGCGCUGAUUAAUCGACAGCUGCAGGCCCUGCCCAGGAUAUCGAAGUACUACGAUUGCGCUGGUGAUCCAAACUCCUGGCGACUGGGACGGAUCGAUGAGACUGACCACGAGACGGCCGUGUGAGAGAGAGGAUCAGUGCGCAGGAGGAGGAAGAGGAGUGAAAUGUUUAGACUUGUGUUUUUGAGUAUUAUUAGAUGUAUAUUUUAGGUAAUACUAAAAAGAGAGCCCCUUGCUAACCGCAGAAAACCGAAAACAAGAAACAAAAAUUACAAUACUUCUAAGGAAACCAAAUGCCAUGCGUCGUUAUACAGAUACAGAAACAGAUAUACAUAUAUAUAUAUAUAUAUAUAUAUGUAUACUGUAAGAGAUACUAUCAAUCUUGUUAUGGGUAUUUCUAUGGAAAUGCUGGCGUGCCAUGCUGGUUUUUUUCUCUUCAAAUUUUCUUUUGUCAAUGAGCUUUAAUAAGUGAUUAGUUGAUUUUCUAAGAACAUCGAAUUUAAAUAGAUUUUUUAUUGCUAGU